AUGGCUACUCAGAAGAUCGGAAUUGCCAUCCUUGGCGCAGGCAUCUUUGCCCGCGAACAGCACCUCCCCGCGAUCCAAGCAUGCUCUUCUCUUGAAUUGAAGGCGAUCUACUCCCGCUCUCAAAAGUCCGCUUCUGCACUGGCCUCCAUCGCUUCCUCAUCCUCCUCGUCCACCAUCGAUGUUUACAGCGACGACUCUUCUGCUGCUCACAACCUCGACGCACUCCUCUCUCGCUCCGACAUCCAAGCUGUGAUCAUCGCUCUGCCAAUUACCUCCCAACCCGCAAUCGUCAAACGCGCCCUCUCCGCCGGUAAGCAUGUCCUUUCCGAAAAACCCAUCGCACCUACCGUCGAUGCGGCCCGUGAGCUGUUGGCACACUACGACUCCCUUCCAACCUCUUCUCGUGGUCUCUGGAGCAUCGCGGAGAACUUCCGGUUCGAGCCGCAUCUUGUGCGUGCGUCGGAGUUGGUUCAAUCAUCCGUCGGUCCCAUUACCUCGUUUAGUUUGACAAUGCUCACAUCCGUUGAGCAAGACAAUAAAUGGCUCAACACCUCUUGGCGUGCGGAGCCUACGCAUCCGGGUGGGUUCGUCCUCGAUGGCGGAGUUCAUAGCGCCGCUGGCCUCCGCCUUAUCUUGGGAAAGGAGAUUGAGAAGGUUAAUUCGCGGACGAGGAUCGUGAGGGAAUAUCUAGGAGGUGUGGAUACCGUUCAUGCUGUUUGUACGACGAGCGAUGGUGUCGAUGGAGCGUUCACGAUGUCCUUUGCUAGCGCGUAUGAGAGGAACGAAAUCCUUGUCGUGGGAGAGAAGGGAUCAGUUCUGGUUGAUGGCAAAAUCGUAACACUCCUCUCCCCAUCGGGCGAGAUCGUCACCCGCGACUCGUACGAAUCCGAACCCGCACCUGGCGAGAAGAAGAUCGGUUCAGAGCCCGGUGUGGAGGCCGUUGGUGCCGAAGUGAAGGAGUUUGCGGAGGCGAUUUUGAGGGCAAGCGUCGAUGAGGAGAGGAGUGGGGUUAGGACUGCGGUGAGGGAUUUGGCGUUGAUUGAGGGGUUGUUGAGGAGUGGGGAGAAGGGAGGAGAGGUUGUUGUGUUGGACAAUGAGGUGUAG